CUGGCGCCCCGCCGGACCCUGCUCCGUAGGGACCUUUUGGACGCCCGAGGGCGGUUUCUGGAGUCACAAUUCCCUUUGCGGGACGUGUCUGCGCGGCAAUGCUGGCCCGUCGAGCUGGUCCAGACGAAACCUCGAAGGGAUGGGCUGCGGCCUGGGCCGGCUUUCGCUCAGGCACCGUCGGAGGCAGCCCCCAGAGGGUCCUCCUGGGGCCUUCCUUCCUUUGAACUGCGGUGGCGGGCGGGCGCGCUGUCUCCGGCCGUCCUGAGAGUGGGGGCCGCCACCUCCAUGGCCACGUCUAUGAGUGGGCCCUGCGCCGGCAGGUCGCGGGACAUCCUGUGGCGCGUCUUGGGCUGGAGGGUUGUUUCAAGUAUUGUUUGGUCAGUGCUGCUUCUACCCAUCUGUACCACAAUAUUUAUAAUCUUCAGCAGCAUUGAUAUAUUUCAUCCUAUACAGUGGCUGACAGAUUCUUUUAAUGAUCUAUAUAGUUCCUAUGUAAUCUUUUACCUCUUGCUGCUGUCAGUGGUUAUUAUAAUAACAAGUAUUUUCAAUGUGGAGUUCUAUGCAGUUGUGCCUUCCGUCCCCUGCUCCAGACUAGCGCUGAUAGGGAGGAUCAUUCAUCCCCAGCAGCUCAUGCACUCGUGUAUUCACGCAGCAAUGGGAAUGGUGAUGGCUUGGUGUGCUGCAGUGAUGACCAAGGGCCAGUACAGUUUCCUCGUGGUGCCCUGCACUGCUACCGAAAGCUUAGAUAGUCCUGCUGCACAAAACUGCUUAAAUGAAUAUCAUCUAUUUUUCCUACUGGCUGGAGCAUUUAUGGGCUAUAGCUAUAGCCUCCUGUAUUUUGUUAACAACAUGAAUUAUCUUCCAUUUCCCAUCAUACAGCAAUACAAGUUUUUGCGCUUUAGGAGAUCUCUGCUCUUACUAGUGAAGCAUAGUUGUGUGGAAUCACUGUUCCUGAUUAGAAAUUUCUGCAUUGUUUAUUACUUUCUUGGCCAUAUUCCCAAAGCUUGGAUCAGCACUGCUAUGGACCUUCACCUAGAUGAGCAGUUUCACAAGCCUCUUGACACUGUGAGUGGCCUCUUGAACUUAUCAUUGCUCUACCACGUUUGGCUGUGUGGUGUCUUUCUCCUGAUGACUUGGUACAUCUCUUGGAUACUCUUCAAAAUCUAUGCCACAGAGGCUCAUGUGUUCCCUGUUCAGCUACCAUUUGCAGAAGAGUCAGAUGAGUGCCUUCCGAAAGUUUUGAACAGCAAUCCUCCCCUUAUCAUAAAGUAUUUAGCCCUGCAGGACCUGAUGUUGCUUUCUCAAUAUUCUCCUUCACGAAGACAAGAAGUUUUUAGCCUUAGCCAACCAGGUGGACAUCCCCACAGUUGGACAGCCAUUUCAAGGGAGUGUUUGAAUCUUUUAAAUGAGAUGACUCAGAAACUGGUCCUCCACCAAGAAGCUGCUGCUACGAAUGGAAGAGUGUCUUCAUCUUACCCAGUGGAACCCAGGAAAUUGAAUUCUCCAGAAGAAUCUGCUUUUCAAACACCAAAAUCUAGCCAGAUGCUUCGGCCUUCAGUGCCACCGUUAGUUAAAACUUCUCUGUUUUCUUCAAAAUUAUCUACAUCUGAUGUUGCUAGUCCCCUUGGGAGCCCAUUUGGCUCAAGUGUAGUGAAUCGGAUGGCUGGAAUUUUUGAUGUAAGCACCUGCUAUGGGUCACCACAAAGUUCUCAGCUAAUAAGAAGGGGGCCAAGAUUAUGGACAUCUGCUUCUGAUCAGCAAAUGACUGAAUUUUUUAAUCCUUCUCCAUCUUCCUCUAUUAGUGCUGAGGGUAAAGCAGUAAGACAACCCAGUGUGAUUUAUUCAUGGAUUCAGAAUAAACGGGAACAGAUUAAGAAUUUCUUGUCAAAACGGGUGCUGAUAAUGUAUUUUUUCAGCAAGCACCCAGAGGCCUCCAUCCAGGCUGUUUUUUCAGAUGCCCAAAUGCAUAUUUGGGCAUUAGAAGGUCUGUCUCACUUAGUAGCAGCAUCAUUUACAGAAGAUAGAUUUGGAGUUGUCCAGACCACCCUACCAGCCAUCCUUAAUACUUUAUUGACGCUGCAAGAGGCAGUUGACAAGUACUUCAAACUUCCUCAUGUGUCCAGUAAACCACCCCGGAUUUCAGAAAGUCUGGUGGAUACUUCCUAUAAAACAUUAAGAUUUGCAUUCAGAGCAUCACUAAAAACUGCCAUCUAUCGAAUAACUACUACAUUUGGUGAACAUCUGAAUGCUGUGCAAGCAUCUGCAGAACAUCAGAAAAGACUUCAACAGUUCUUGGAGUUCAAAGAAUAGUUAAGUAAUAUAAACUGUGUUCAUUACACUGCUGAUACAACUACAGAUGGGACAGUAAAUGUUCAGCAUUCUUGGAUCAGAAGAAAAUGGACUAAUUAGACGCUUCCUUUGUCGUGGUGGUUGCUUUGAAAACUAUACUUUAAUGGGAGAAAUCAUGGAAAGAAAUUCUCAGCAGAAUAACCGAAAACUGCCUUUUCUGGACCGAUUGCUCUUUGUGUGUGUGGUGUAAUAAAAUCUUUAUUCAGUUUUACA